AUGGUAAGGACCGGAGGGUCAUCAACAGUGGGAGGCAGGAAUGCAGGAGCGGACAACCGGAUUGACGAAGUCUUGCAAGCUUUGGCUAAUUUGGGCACGGCGAUAGGAGCUCAAGCGCAGCAACCACAAGUUGGUACAAAUGUUGGAGGAGGCAAAUACCGUUUGCGGGGUUUAGUAGAACAAUUCCUAAAGUUAAGACCACCAAAAUUUACAGGAUUAGGACACCCCGAGGAUGCCAAGAGGUGGAUUAAGAGUAUGGAAAAGAUUUUUAGAUUGCUAAAUUGCAAUGAUGUGGACAGAGUAGCUCUGGCUGAAUAUCAAUUGGAGGACAACGCCCAACAUUGGUGGUAUGCAAGCAAGGACACUGUAUUUUCCCAAGGUGUAGAGGUAACUUGGGAGGUCUUUGUCAAUGCCUUCUAUGGGCAGUAUUUUUUUGAUUGUGCAAGAGAUCAAAAAAUAGCUAAAUUUAUGAAUCUGACUCAAAGUGACAUGACUGUGGUUCGAUAUGAGGCAAAAUUUUCUGAGCUUUCUAGGUUUGCUCCUCGGUUGAUUGAGGCACAAGAGCGUCGGUGUAAGAGGUUUUUGAAUGGACUUAAGAUUGAGAUCCAGAAGUAG